CUUGGUAGUGGAAAUGUCAGCAAAGACAUGCCUCGAGGAGAUAGUGCAGAGUGUAAUACCUAAAAAUUGCAGGGACGAUCAGAUAUAAAAGGAUACAAUGGAUGUUCAUCUUCAGUUCACAUCGAAACAUCACUUCACACCACUUUCAACAUGAAAAUGAUCGUAGCUCUCUUCGCCGUUAUGGCUUUAGCUCAUGCUGCCCCCCAAAACCAAGCUGAUAAAGAUGCUAUAGUAACCAAAUACGAUUCCAACAAUAUUGGUGUUGAUGGUUAUGAUUUUGUCUACGAGACCAGCAAUGGCAUCAGUCAACAAGAACAAGGUUCUCUCGUCAACCCAGGAACAGAAAAUGAAUCCAUCCAAGUAAGAGGACAAUACUCUUACGUUGGUGCUGAUGGUCGUACCUACACCGUUAUCUACGUAGCCGAUGAAAAUGGUUUCCAACCACAAGGUGAACACAUCCCCAAGUAAUCUGACAAUAAAACUGGAAGUUUCAAAGGAAUCGAACACAUAGCUACAAAUUAAGUUGUUACACUCUGUGAUUGUUAGGAGUCAAUUUUCAAAUCUUCAUUUAUUUCAUUUUCAAAUUUCAUACUUGCAUUUUAUAAUGUAUAUUGUAUAUUCCCUUUGCCGAUAAGCAUUUGAUGCUGCUAAUAUAGCCUGAGGUUCCGUUGGAAUAUGAAGAAAUUCAUCGAAUUGUUAUAUAAUCAGCCAUUUCACAAUUCGUUUAUGUGAAUUGACUUCUGUUUAUAUGUUGUACAUACUUUGAUAAUAAAUUGUAAAACGAAA